AUGAUGCUGCCGCUGACCAGGCUGUGGCCGCUACUUCGGUGGGGGACGGCAGCGGCGGCGGAAGGGGCAGCCGGGGGGAGUCCCACCACUACCACCACGGAGGAGGAGGAGGAGGACGACGACGACGAGGACGAGGACGACGAGGACGGAGGGGAGAGGCCUGCUCUGCCUGCCGAAGCCCCGGGCUCUCCUGCUCCCUCCGCCGCCGAGGCUCGGGGUUUCUUCCGCGGGGGCGGGGAGGCUCCGCCGGUGUCCGAGUCGGAGGAGGAGGAAGCGGAGGCCAGAGUUUCCUCGCCGAGAGAGGCCGUGGUGGGAAGCCGGAGGGAGAGGAGGAGGGGGAGAAGGAGGAUCCGGGCCCUUUCCCCCCCCCCUCCCGGAGGCAGCUCGGGGUGCGCGGCCCGGGGGUCGGGCCGGGGGGCGCCGCGGGGCGGCUGCGGGGGCGUGGGGCCCGCCGCUGGGCUGAGCCCCGGCGGUGGCGGCGGCGGCGGCGGGCGGCAGCGGAGGCAGCUGCCGCCUCUGUCCUCGGGUCCGCUCCGCUCUGCUCCCUGGUGUGUUGAUUCUUCCCCCAGCUGCUGCCUAAUGGAGUCCAGGCGCUCGCGUCACAGGAAAUGCCUAUACUGCCCUCCUCACUCACUUCCGGUGGCAGAUGAGGAAAAUGAGGCUCAGAGAGGUUGAGCCACUUCCCUCAGGACACGCAGUGAAGUAUGAAGCAAAGAUUUGAACCGGAGCAGUCUGACUCCAGAUCCUGUGCUCAUAAUCAUGGAAAGUGUUCCCUCCAAAUGUAAUUAGGGUUUAAUGAGCACCGACAACAUUUCAGUCAUUGUGUGAAGAACUUGGAUUCGGUGAUGCCUUUAAUGGUCCUUCUUUGCAGAUUCAGGACAACACUGGCCAGGUCUGUUUAAAGAUCCUAGGAACUCUUUCCUUUGGAGGCUCUAUCCUAUAUCAUUUAAAAAAAUAAAAUGCUACAUGAAAUGUAAUUUUUUUUUGUCUGUAAA